CGUCAAACGCCUCUGCCGCUCCCCCUCCGGGGCCUCUGCGGCCCCCCUGAAUAAUCUGGCCCAGAAACUUCCGCGCGCCUCGCCGUCGGGCCGGGCUUUCUUAGUGCCAGCCGCCGCAGCCGCCGCCGCCAUGGCGUUCACGUUCGCUGCUUUCUGCUACAUGCUGGCGCUGCUCCUCACUGCUGCCCUUAUCUUCUUCGCUAUAUGGCAUAUUAUAGCUUUUGAUGAGCUGAAGACUGACUACAAGAAUCCCAUAGACCAGUGUAAUACUCUUAAUCCUCUUGUACUUCCAGAGUAUCUCAUCCAUGCAUUCUUCUGUGUCAUGUUUUUGUGUGCAACAGAAUGGCUUACACUGAGUCUUAAUAUGCCAUUACUGGCUUACCACAUUUGGAGGUAUAUGAGUAGGCCUGUAAUGAGUGGACCAGGACUCUAUGAUCCCACAACCAUUAUGAAUGCGGAUAUUUUAGCAUAUUGUCAGAAGGAAGGGUGGUGCAAACUAGCGUUUUAUCUUCUAUCCUUUUUUUACUACCUAUAUGGCAUGAUUUAUGUUUUGGUGAGCUCUUAAAGGAUGAUGUACAACAGACUUGGUUCCAGCAAAGUGCAUGCAGAAAAGCCAUAAAGCAAAGGAUUAUCUUUGAAGAAGAAACUGGUAUAAAGAUUUAGCUAUGGAAUCUGAUGAUCAUAGUAAUAGUAGAGGAAAAAUGCCUUCCUCUUCUGUUUUCUCCCGUCCAAAAGCAUCUAGUCUUUAAUACUCAUGGAAAGACUUUUUUCAAUUGGGAUAUUUAAAGUGGCAAGAAUUACAUAUAAAUUAAUGUAACACAACUGCCUCUGGCUUUUGGACAGUUUUAUUCCUGCCCUCCAUAAGGAUCAGUCGUAUCUUCAGUAAAAAUGUAUAAAUUACUGUCCUCAGUAUAAGAGAGGAUUACUUUUUCUUUUGUUUACUGGACUUUAUAGUGGCUCAUUUGGAUAAUGAACCUCCAUCUCACUGUCAACUGUAGUCACCAUUUCUAAAACACCGAAUGCUUUUCUGUAUGUUAUCUCUUAGGUAACUUCUGUGUGUCACGUAGAUGAAUACAUAAGUACAACUGCAGGAAGAGUUGUAGUUCUAUUUUUACUAUUAGGAUAUUGAUAUUCUCCUGUAAUAUGCAUGGAUCAGCAUUUUCAUAUUAACAUGAAACAUUGAGCUGAAUGCUCCUUGCUUUAGUUUUCCAGGUUAAAUGGAUGUUAGGGAAAAUAGAGCUCAUUUUUAAGUCAUAUUUAUUACAAAACUUCUGCAACUGUCUCAAACUGCCAUACAUCUGAAGCCAAUAUAAUAAAAAAUCAUUUUGAGAGUGCAUGGCAUACAUUUUGAGUCACAAAUGCCACAUGGUUUGGCAAAUUUCUUUGCUGUGCCACAUGAUAAAAAUCUCCAAGAGAGAUAUUGCUACCAGAUCCAAAUGUUAACAUUUCAAACAUAAACAGUUAGCUGUUGAGCAAGCAUGGCUACAAUUCUCCAGUGGAUUGUUUAGCACCUGCUGAUUGCUGGGAUUUUUACAUUCGUAAACUUUGCUCUGGUCCUAACAAAAAGCACUAUUUUCAAGCAAGAGCAUGGUCUUUGGAACAGGUUAUGUAUGCUUUCAUGCUACAAGAGAUUUCUAAAUCAUACUUUUCAAUUUAAAGCACUUUGGGAAAUGGAUAAUCUUGGGAGAAAAAAGAGGAGAUCAUUAAACUAGACUGAAUUUGA